AUUAAAUUUUGGUACAACUAAAUACCUCUAUAACAUAGCAGUAGCCAAUGAUUGUGUCGAUUUCAAUUACAGACCUUAUAUUGGCGGAGGGAUGAAAGCUUACAACGUCACCUUGCUAACACUAGAAGAAGAAGCAUGGUUGAUCCACAAGGUGAUCAUGUUAGGUGACCAUGAAACUCUUUCCAGUCUUCUCGCCUCCUUGAAUAAUAUUCGCAGAAGUAGGCUUCUAUCUCACUACAGGGCAAUAUACUCUAAGAAACUAUCCCGUGAGCUUGAAGAGACCCUAGCUGGAGAUUACCUUUAUUUAUGUAGCUCUAUUGUCGCCGAACCUGGUAUAUUUCUUAUUAAAGAAAUCAGCACACUAUUAACGGAAUUUCCCGGGCCCCAUGAAGAACUUCUAAUAGCAUUUCUAUGCGAGAGGUCGAAAGAAGAGCUUGCUGAGGCCAGGAAAAAUUAUCAAACAAGUAGAAUUCAGGCAAACCUUGGACUCGGAUAUAGAUUCUUAUCUUCAGCCAGAUGCUGCAAAGUGGAUAAAGUUAUUAAUAAACCGAAAAGAAAUAGAUACAUGUUGUGACCUAAAACUGAUUGCUACAGACGCACAGAGAAUUAUUAAUCUUGGCAUUGGUGUUUCUUAUGGUAAUGACGGUCCAGUAAUAUCAUUUUUAAUUAAAAAUCGCUGCCCUUCACAUCUUCGUUUAGUUUUUUCUGAAGUACGAAAACUUGGCAAACAUCCUUGGGAAAGAAUCGAGGCAGCUAUGCCUUUAGAAAAAAAACAACGGCUUACAUUGUUGCUUAAAGCAAUCGACCAACCGGAGAAGUUCAAUGCCAAAAUGUUAUGGACCAUUAAAUCUGAGCCAGGUAGAUUUUGGAGAACGUUACUGGCUAUUAGGCUGUCGAGAAGCAAGAAAUUCUAUAAAAAGGUGGAUCUUCAUUUCCAGGAAUCAUUUCAUAAAACAAUAAAGGAUCAACUGAAGGAAGAAACAGGAGGAAAUGUUUUGCUACUUUUAAAAAAACUCAUUAAAUUUUGACCAGAAGCAUUCUUCAUAAUUAGCAUCAAUAGCAGUGCAUAAUAAUGCUGUCUCACUCCUACAAGAAUCAUUUGUAAUUUAAUAAAGUGGUUGGAGCAGAG